AUGCCUGACUUGGGACUAAAAGAGGAAAGAAGGUCAACCUGCACUCUGUCCACCAAUGGGGAGGAGCCUUACACCUGGCUCUCCCCCAUCUCCAAGGUACUCUUCCCACUCCUACCUCCCACACGGUGUCCAUGUAUUGAUUGUCUAAAUAGCAAAACACUUAGCAGUGAAGUUGUUAGGAUCCAUUUGGUACUAAAAGGAAUCGACUCUUCUUAUAAGACUUGGGUGUACCAUGGGGAACCUGUUUCUGCACGUCAGCCUCAAACACAAUAUGACAACUAUCACGAACACAAUGAAGGUAUUGGGGAUGAAACAGGAGGGGAGGUCCCCGAGGAUGACAACCAAUUGCGUGAUAUGUUGGAACAGUCUUUUAUUGGUGGCAUCUUGGAUGAUGAUGUCGAUGGAUUGCCUAAUCUUGAGAGGGAAGAUGUGCAGAAUUUUGAGGCAAACAAGUCUAAUGGAAAGGUGCCAGAUUUCUGUGAGAGAUACAAGGCAUCACGUACAUUGAAAGAUGGUGGAUGGAUCGAUCCUCAAUGUGCGGAGAUACAUGCGAGGAUGGUGGCCAUGCAAGAUGAGGCGUCUCAAUCAGGAUGUCACGGACGAAGAACUUUCGAGGAGUAAUCUUGUGGAAGCAAAGCAUUACGUAAGGGGAUUUGGGGUUGGCCCGAGGCCCUCAUCCUUUUCUUCCAAAUCCAGCUCCAACUCAGCACGGCAAGAGCUGCAGAAAGUCCAAUCUGAGAUGGAGUAAUUUCGUGAGGAGCGACGAAGAGAACGGGAAGAGUAUGAAAGGCGGUGGGAGGAGGAGCGAAACCGGAGUGACGAGGAGCAAAGACAACGGGAAGAGCAGCAAAGGCAAAGAGAUGAGGAGCUAAGGCUAAGAGAUGAGCAAAGGCAAUGUGAAUUUGAUGAACUCAAAGCCAUGAUGAUGAGGCAAUGCAUGGACGAGACAAUAUGUGA